AUGUGUCAUCAUCCUCCUCAAAACCCUUAUCUUUUGUCAGCCUUAAGGAAGUUUGAGCACCUGAACUCAGCAGAAAACACUCCGGUCAGGACUGGGUCCAAUCUGACCAAAAGGAAGCCAGUAAAGCUAGUAAAGCCUAAGAAUGUGUCAUCAUCUGAGCCACAUGUAGAGGAUGAAGUGGAGACAUCCAGAGUCAAACCCGCAGAGCAACAAUUGAAGACACCUGCAUAUGUUCCUGUAAAGGACAUAGUGGAAAAACCUAUAGAAAAACCUGUAGAGGAACCAUUGAAGACACAUGCAGACACUCCUAAAACAGAUUGGAGAAACCUAGUCAAAACUGUAGAGGAAUCAUUGAAAACACCUACAGAUGUUCCUGUAGAGAACAUAGUAGUGAAACCUGCAGAAGAAUCACUGAAGACAGAUACUGAGACUUCUGUAGAAGAAACAGGGAAGACACUGGUAGAUGGAGCUUCAACAGAUCAAAUACAAUCCAGUGGAGCGCUGCAGGAGACAACUCUACAUGAGAACCAAGCAAAGCCUACAGAGAAUAAAGAAGACAAUACAGAACAAGUCACAAUAGCACAAUCCCCUGUAGUAGAGGCUCCACUCAAACCCAGACAAGUAGAAAACCAGCCUACAAGUGAUCAUGGGGAACUUUCACUAGUAUCUGCUCUGGAAACUCCAAUUACAGAGCCAUCAACUAGAGCAACUACAGAACUGACCGAAGAACCCCCUGUGGCAGCCCUGGAAGAGCACAAUAGACUGAACUGUGAAGCUGAAUUGAAUGUGAAAGAUAAAACCAUGUGUUCCUUCUGCAAGCUGCCCUUAGAUGAAAAUGGGAAAAUCUCCAUCAACAUUCCUGCCAUUUGCUGCCACCCAGAUUGUUUCAAGUGUAACGGUUGCUGGAGUCCUCUUGGUGAUCUCUCUUCAUCUUUGUACUACUAUGCUGGGAAAAUCCUCUGUGAGAAAUGCUUUGAUCAAAUCUGCAGCUCUGAUGACUCACCCCACAGCAACCUACUCCACUGCAACAUAUCACCAUGACAACUAAGCACAUCUCAGAGUCUACUACUCAGUUUUAACUAAUUGAACAAAAUUAUUUAUCAGUAGAAGAACUGCUGUCAUCGGUUUAUUGCACAUAUAGGCCUAUUCAUCUCCAUUUUUCUGUAAAUUAUUAUAUAGUUAUUUCUCUCUUUCUGAUCAAUAUAUUUCUUGUUGCCUUCUAACAAUUCAUAAUUUAAACUAUAUUUUUAAAAACUGUCCUAUAAGCUUGAGUUAUCCUGUUUAAAUGUCUGUAGCUGUGAGAAGAAUUGACAACACUGAUGGUCAGCUUUCAUUAAGGGAAAGUAAAGUUUAAUGCAUGAAUUUCAAUAAGGUUAACACACAAUUUUAUGUAAACUCACUUCAGUCUGAAUUCUGCACAAGUUUUAUUAAUCAUUUACAGUUAUCCAACUUACUGUAGAAAUAAUAUUUCGUUUUCUGAAAUGAGCCAGGAAGUUAACAAUAAAAACAAACAAAAAACUUUAGUUCCUUUGAUCGAGCACCAUCAUUGAUCAGGUUCAGCAUAUUGCCAAAGUUAGUCAAAAUAUACAACAAAUACACCCACAAACAUAAAAUCACACA